GUUAAAAACUCCAUACACGUAAAUUAAUGGGACGAUAACCAUAUUGGUUAUUGUUCUCAGAUUUCUUUUUCAAACAAAGCAACGCUCUUAAUCAUGGCUUCAAAUGCAGGAGAAGAAGAGUCUACCGUGAUCGCCAUUGAUAGCGACCGGAACAGCCUACACGCCGUCAAGUGGGCUGUGGAACAUCUUUUGAAGAAGAACGCUUCUUGCACCCUCAUUCACGUCAGAACCAAGACUUUGUAUUCACAUGAUUUUGAGGUUAUCCCUAAACAAGGUCGUCUGCCAACAGAAGAAGAAUUGCACCAAUUUUUUCUUCCCUUUCGAGGAUUUUGUGCACGAAAAGGGAUCGUAGCCAAGGAGUUAGUCCUGCAUGACAUUGACGUUUCAAAUGCGCUUACUGAUUACAUCAUUGACAACUCUAUCAGCAAUAUCGUUGUUGGCGCUUCCCGCUGGAAUGCUCUUAUAAGGAAAUUUAAAGAUGCAGAUGUGGCAACAAGCUUAGUCAGAUCUGUGCCAGAGACUUGCACGGUGCAUGUUAUAUCAAAAGGAAAAGUGCAGAAUAUUCGACCUGCAGGCCAUUCUCAAAAUAUUAGUAACGCACUAUCAAAAUCUUUAAAAGGCAUCAAAGGAAGUUUUCAGUCUGAAGAUUUAAACAGAAAAUCGGUCAAGUAUGGACAUAAGCAAGGCUCAAACAAUGAUGGGGUAUCUUUGGUGACACCACGUAUGACCAAUGGAGAGACUACUUCUCCAAAACUAUCAGAUGAAAGUUGCUCCUCACAAAAUUCAUCCAAUCGAAGUUCCCUAACGGGUGAUACUUCAAAGCUGCUUGGUUAUCAAUUGACUGAGAUGUCACCUGAAAACCAAGAUGUAGUUGAAAAUUCAGGCAGUUACACUUUUAGGAGCAAUUCUUGUAAAAUAUCCCAAGCAAUGAAGCAUGAAAAGUUUACGCAAAAAGAAGAUGCAGUUAAAGCUUGGCUUCCUGAAGAGGCUACAUUGACUUUGACAGAGGUAGAAAGGAAGAAAACCAAGGCAUCUAUGGAGUCAGCUGAAAUGUUAAAAUGCCUAGCAGAAAUGAAGAGUCACAAGGGAAAACAAACUGGAAUAAGAGCCAUGCAUGAGGAAGAAGAGAGGAAUAAAGCAUUAAAUGCUAGUGCUUGUAAUAACAAAAUUUUAUUUAAAAGAUACAAUAUUAAAGAAAUUGAAGUUGCAACUAAUUACUUUGACAAUGCCCUCAAAAUCGGUGAAGGUGGUUAUGGACCUGUUUUUAAAGGAGUGCUUGAUCACACUGAGGUUGCAAUCAAGGCCCUCAAACCAGACAUAUCCCAAGGGGAAAGGCAGUUUCAACAAGAGGUUAAUGUUUUGAGCACAAUAAAGCAUCCAAACAUGGUUCAACUGCUAGGUGCCUGUCCAGAGUACGGGUGCCUUGUAUAUGAGUACAUUGAAAAUGGUAGCUUAGAAGAUCGCCUCUUCCAAAAAGAUAACACUCCAACAAUUCCAUGGAAAGUUCGAUUCAAAAUAGCAUCAGAAAUUGCCACUGGCCUUCUUUUCCUUCACCAGACAAAGCCUGAGCCGGUUGUGCAUCGUGAUCUCAAGCCAGCAAACAUUUUGUUGGACCGCAACUAUGCGAGCAAGAUCACUGAUGUGGGUUUGGCAAGGCUAGUUCCUCCUAGUGUAGCCAACAAAACCACUCAAUACCACAAGACAACUGCAGCUGGUACAUUUUGCUACAUUGACCCAGAAUAUCAACAAACUGGACUAUUGGGUGUAAAAUCAGACAUAUAUUCAUUAGGUGUAAUGCUGCUACAAAUUAUCACUGGAAAACCUCCAAUGGGUGUGGCACACCUUGUUGAGGAGGCUAUAGACAAAGGUAAACUCCAAGAGGUGCUUGAUCCAAAUGUCACAGAUUGGCCCCUUGAAGAGACUUUAUCAUAUGCUAGGUUGGCUUUGAAGUGUUGUGAGAUGAGAAAACGGGAUAGACCAGACCUUCGUUCUGUCAUUUUGCCAGAGCUGAAUCGACUCCGAAAUCUGUGAGAAGGAGCCAUUUACACUGAUAUUG